GUCAGCUACUUUUCUUGUCAGCCGUGUGGCCAAAGGGGAGAAGAAUGCCUCUCAGACUUGAGCUUUGAGGAGGAAGAGUUCACAUUGCCAGAACUGGACUAGCACUUUUGAAUUUCCCAGAAUGCCAGUCCAGAUGUUGGCCCCGCCUCAUCAGGAGUUGACUGAGACUGAGGUUCCACACCCGGACACGGAUUCGGUUGGAGAGCUGCCUACAGGGCCAGAUCAGUUUGCUGUUCCACAGCAGGAUGUGAGUAAUGAGCAAACCCAACAUCAAAAGCUCCCAGAGGAAGUUCCAGUGCUAGAGUGGAAUCAGAAUCAGGCCUUGGUUCUGCCUUCUCGACACAAAAGUAAGAGUAAAAACAGAGCUCUAGAUCAGGCUGAAGGUCACCAAUCAUUUGAAAUACUUGUUCCACAUCUAGGUAGUAAGAGCUCAAAACCAGUGAAGUUUAUUGUUUCACCCCCAAACCUGAAGAAAGAUCUAGUUCAGCACCAACGGCUUGCCAAAGUUGUUGGAACUACAGGCCAAUUUGAAAAAACAACUCAGGGUCUAGAACAACAGUUGCAGGGUGAUUAUUUAGAUCCCAGUACGGAUGCCUUUUAUCCUGAGGAGAGGCUACCUACAGAUUUUCUGGGGAGCCCAGAUGAACCUCCAGAGCCCCCUGAGGAAGCUGAAAUUUCUCCAUCCCAGCAGGAGGCCGAAACUCGUCAUCCAGAGCGCACUGAGGAGGCUGAAUCUUUACCCCAGCAAGAGGCCCCUGCUCAGCAUCCACAGACCCCUGAGGAGGUUGAAUCUUUUUCACCCCAGGCAGAGGCCCAGGCUCAGCAUCCAGAGCCCACUGAAGAGGUAGAACCACCUCCACUUCAUCAGGAGGCUCCAUCUCAGCCUUCAGAGGCCCCUGAGGAACUAGAAACUUCAAGUCCUCAGGAGGCCCUAGCCCAGACUUUGGAGACACUUAAGGAGGUUGUAGUUCAACCGGUAGCACAUCAUGGGGUAAAUGAAGCUCAGCAGUCAAACUUGUACCAUGUCACUGUUAAACCUCUGGAUCUGGCACUUACCAUAACUCCACAGGUCACUAAAGAGGUUGAACCUUCUCCAGUCCAGCAGGAGACGCCAUCUCAGCCUCCAGAGAGCCCUGAGGAGGUUGCACCUCCGCCAGUCCAGCAGCGGGCCCCAUCUCAGCCUCCAGAGCUCCCUGAGGAGGUUGAACCUUCUCUACUCCAUCAAGAGGCCCCAACUGAGACUCCAGGGUUCCCUACUGAGUAUGUACUUCAAAUUCCAGUGAGUGAUGAGGUAGUAUCUCUACCUGGCGUUCAGCGUCACGCUCAUUCAAACUUGCCCAGUGUUACACUUCAACCUCUGGAUUUGGAACUUACCAUCACUCCAGAGCCCACUACGGAAGCUGAACUUCCUACAGCUCAAGAGGAGGCCCUGGCUCCACCUCUUGAGCACCCUGAGGAGAGAGAAUCUUCUCCAACCCAACAAGAGACCUUAGCUAAGCCUCCAGAGCCUCCUGGAGAGGUUGAGCCUUCACGUGAGCGGGAGCAACCAGCUCCGCCUCCAGAGCCUUCUUCAGGGGAGGUGGAACCUUCUCCAACUCAACAGGAACAGCCAGCUCAACCUCCAGAGCAUCUCGAAAUGACAGUUUCACCUCCAAGUCACCAUCAUGCUGAGCAUUCAAACUUAUCCAGUGUCGCUGUCAAACCUGCAGAUGUGGAGCUUACCAUAACAAAAGAACCCACGCCAGAGGUGGGACCUUCUCCAAAUCAGCAGAAGCCUUCAGCUCAGCCCUCAGUGCCCCUUACUAAUGCAGAAUUUUCUACAACCCAGCAUGAGGCCCCCACGCUGCGUUCACAGCCACCUGAGGAGGUUGAACCUUUGCCAGUUCAACAGGAGGCUUCAGCCCAAUCUCCAGAAGCCGGUCCACAUAACAAACCUUCAGUACAAGAGGAGACCCCAGCUCAGUAUCCAGAGCAUCCUGGAGAAGAAGUUACACCUGCCACAACCCAGCAGGAGACUCCAGAUCAGCAUCCACAGGCUCCUGAGGUUGUACCUUCUCCACCUCAGCAGGAAGCCAGAGCUCAGCAUCCACAGUCUCCUGGUGAGGUUGAAUCCUCUCCAACUCAGUCUCCAGAGCUCUCUAAUGUGACUGUAGUUUUCUCUCCGGAGCAUCAUGUGACAACAGUGUCUCCUCUAGGUCAGGAUCAAGCUCAGCUUCUGCAGCAGCCCGAUGUCACUGUUAAACCUGUGGGUCUUGCACUUAUCGUAACUCCAGCGUUCACUAAUGAGGUUGAAACUUCUCCACCCCAACAAGAAACCUCGGCUCAGUCUACAGUGUCCCCUGAGCAGUUGGAACCUUUGUCAGUCCAGCAAGAGGUUUCAGAUCAGCAUCCAACCCCCACUGAAAAUGUUGAAACUUUUCCAGUUCAGCAGGGAGCCCCAACUCAACCAACAUACCCCGAGGUGACAUUUCCAAAUCCAGAGCAAGUUCAGGCUCAGCAUCCAACCUUGACUGAGGUCACAAUUCAACCUUUGGACCUUGAACUGACCAUAAGGCCCGAACCCACUAAGGAGGAUGAACCUUCUCCAACCAUGCAGGAGACCUUAACCCAGCCUCCAGAACCACCUAAGGAGGUUUUUGUAGCUCAGCCUCCAGUAUAUCAGAACCCAAUAGUUCCAGCACCAGAUCAGGAUCACACUGAGCCUCCAACAUCACCCAGUGUCAGAGUUCAACCUUUAGACCAGGGGCUUACCACAACUCCAGAACCUACUACAGAGUCUGAACAUUCUACAGCCCUGCAGCAGACUACAGCUCCCCCUCCAAAACACCCUGAGGUGACACUUGCACAGCCAAACCUGACUCAAGUCACAGUUCCACCUGGGGACCUGGGAGUUAACAUAUCUCAGCAACCAAGGCCAUCUGAGACAGUUCCUUCGACUCAGUAUUCGGUACCCACUGGUCUUCCUGGUGUAAAAUAUACCCCAGAAAAGAAGCAGCCAGAACAGAAUGCCACCACAAACAUCAGCAUAUGUGAGCUCUGUACCUGCAAAAAUGAGACACUGUCGUGUGUUGGUCUCAGCCCAAAGCAGAAGCUCCACAGAGUGCCUGAGCCAGAGCCUAACGCCUACAACGGCACCUUCACCAUCAUAAAUUUCCAAGGAAACUCUAUUUCUUACAUUGAUGAAAGUAUAUGGAAGGCAUACCGCUGGACUGAGAAGCUAAUUCUCAGUGAAAAUUAUUUGACUGAAAUACAUAAGGACUCCUUUGAAGGCUUGCUAUCCCUCCGAUAUUUAGAUUUAUCCUGCAAUAAAAUACAGUCUAUCGAAAGACGUACAUUUGAACCACUACCUUUUUUGCAGUUUAUAAAUCUUAGUUGCAAUUUACUCACAGAACUGAGCUUUGGAACGUUUCAAGCCUGGCAUGGAAUGCAGUUUUUACACAAGUUAAUUCUCAAUCAUAAUCCUUUGACAACAGUUGAAGAUUCUUAUCUUUUUAAAUUGCCAGCAUUAAAAUAUUUAGACAUGGGAACAACACAAGUGUCACUUACAACAAUUGAAAGCAUCCUCAUGAUGACCCUUGAAUUGGAAAAACUGUAAGUUGAUUUUUCUUACAUUUGUUUUCACUCAAUUGUUUUUUUAGGUUUGUCGUAUUAUUUUCUUAAGUCAGGUUUAUUUAUGUAUAAUUUUCACUUAACAAAAUUCACUAUUUUUAAAUAUACAGUGUGAUGUGUUUUGACAAACGUAUAGUUCUGUAGCCACCACCACAAUUGAGGUAAAGAAAACUUCUGCACUCCCAAAAGACCCCUCAUGUCCCUUUGUAGUCAAUCCAUCCUCCUCCCGCUACCAGCCCCUGGCAACCACCAAUCUGAUUUUUGUCCGUAUAAUGUUGCCUUUUCCAGAAUAUCUUAUAAAUGAAAUCAUGUGGUAUGUAGCCUUUUGUUUUUGGCUUCUUUCACUUAGCCAGUCUCUUUGGAGAUUCAUCUGUUUUGUUGCACCUGUCAGUAGUUCAUUCCUUUUUAUUGCUGAGUAGUAUUC